UUAAAUUGCAUCGAAACCCCCAAAUCGAAAAACCAUAUUGGGUUCCCCACGAAGAAAUCUCGGCUCUAAAACCCAGAAAAUUCACGGCCCUCUCUAUGCGGAGUGCUAUUUUUCGCGAGUCCGCGCGUCUUUCGUCUUUAACUUGGUAUUGUUGAUUUGAAUUCGUGAUUUCCUUGCUAGGAAACUUUUUACUAAAUUGUCGUUUGACUCUAAUCUUGUGCAUGAGGAGAUCUGGGUUAAGAAACACAAGUGUGUGAACUGUGGAGUGAGACUUAAGAAGAUUAACAAUAAUGGUUGAGACGAACUUGAAGGCAGAAACAAUGAGACUGAUGAAACAAAGGGAUCUCAUCGAGGCUGAGAUGAAUUCCAUUAUUCAGCGUCUCUGCCAGCCAGGAGGUGCAGGUCUAUCGGGAAACCUGCUUGAUUUUGAGGGUUUUCCUCGUGCAGAUAUCGAUGUUCCUACUGUUCGUGCAGAUCGAUGUUGUGUGGCUGGGCUUAAGAAUGAUUACAAAGAUCUCACAGAGAAAAUCGAUCACAAUCUACAGCUUUUGCAUGCACCCAAAUUGGUUUCUAAAUCUUCAGCUCCCAUGGAUUCAGAAACAGGCAAAGCGAUGGAUAGUCAGACUCCUUUCAUUUCUAAUGGUUGUUCAUCUGUAUCACCUGGGCGAGCUUUUGGAAGAAAUUCUGCUGUUCUUGCAGCUGUGGAUCCAGAAGUCAAACAACCCUUUGCAAUGGUGGAUGAAAUAACUGAGGCAUCUCCUUCAGCUGAAGAUGGUUUGCAGCUUGGCGAUCAGAUUGUGAAAUUUGGGACCGUAGAAUCUGGGGAUAACCUACUGUCAAGGCUUGCUUCUGAGGCUCAGACAAACGUGGGUAGAGUAAUAUCUGUGAUGGUUAUGAGGCAGGGUGCACUGACAAAUGUUUCUGUUACUCCAAGAAUAUGGCGGGGCAGAGGUUUACUCGGAUGCCAUUUUAAAAUUCUCUGAUGCCAUAUUCCAUAUAAGCAAACUGAAGCUCACUUGUUGGAGGCCUUAGUGUUUGUGCAAAGCUGGAUUAGGGUUAUUCCGACUACUUUUUUUGACUUCUUUUUAUGUAAUUGCGACAUGUUUGUAUAUAAUGUUUGACGAGUUUUGACAUGUUGUUUUCAAGGGUAAAGUCAUGAUGUUGUCUAUUUGAAUUUGCAAUCUCAUUAUGAAAGUUUUGAUA